AUGAAGUAAGUACAUUUUACAAAGGAGAGCAGAUGGUAGAAGUUUUUAAUGCUCUCGAUGUUGAUGUAUCAUGCCUUGGAUUUUGGAGUAAAAAAGUUAGAAGAUUUGAUAUCAAAGACAUCAAGAUCAUAGUGGAUUAUCAGUAAUCUUAUUGAUGAAGCAACAAAUAAACCCCCUGGAGGUGUAUAAGAAUAUGCAAUAGUUUAGCAUUAGGGAAAAAAGGUUGGAGUUAUUGGAUUAGCUGAAAAGGAGUUUAUUGAUUAGUUCACUACUCUUGUCACUGAAAAAAUUGUUUAUAUUGAUUGUGCUGAAAAAUCAAGAGAUUUAUGCAGGAUUUUGAAAGAAGAGCAUCAAUGUGAUCUGGUUAUUGCCCUGACUCAUUUAAGAAUCCCAAAUGAAAGAAUCUUAGCUCAAACUGUGCCUGAGCUUGAUUUACUACUCGGAGGACAUGACCAUCUCUAUCAUAUUGAAAUGGUGGCUGAUGUUUUCUUUUUAAAAAGUGGCACUGAUUUUGAAGAUUUUUCAGAUCUAGUUAUCAGAUUUGAUGUUUCAGAGGAGGAUGCCAAGAAAUAUUUAGAACUAGACAAUGUAAAUUCAAAGAGAUAUCUCUAUUCCAAAACUAAAAAGCUUUUAUUUGAAUGCGAAAGAGUAACAAUCGAUGAAAGAUUUGCUGCUGAUAAUUACAUUCAUGAUCAUGUGAUUAAGUAUUCCUAAAAGUUUAAUGAAGAUUUAAACGUGCCUUGCGGUUAUACUGAGGUUAACCUUGAGGGUAGAUUUUAAUGCAUUAGAGUAGAAGAAACAAAUCUUAGCAAUCUUCUAGCAGAUAUUAUACGAACUGAGUAUGAUGUAGAUUUCAGUCUGUUCAACUGUGGCACUUACAGAUCUAAUAGUGUCCUAGAAAAAGGUUAUAUUACACAUAAAAUGAUAAUGGACUUACUACCAAUGGCUGACAAAGUUGUAGUUGUCAAAAUGUUAGGGUCAACAUUCAAAUAAGCAUUAGAAAAUGGUGUUUCAGCUUUUCCUAAGUUCGAUGGUAGAUUCCCAUCAAUAUCAGGGUGCAGGUUUAGUUUUGAUCCCACAAAAGAACCCCUUCAUCGUAUUAAUCUUGAAGAUGUAGAGACUGAGAGUGGACCAUUAGAUUCUACAAAGGAGUAUAAAGUAGCUAUGAAAGGUUUUCUUGCUUCUGGUAAAGAUGGUUAUAUCAUGUUCAGAGACGGUGGAAUUACCUAAUUCUUGAUUGAAGACGAAAAUGCUGUUUUAAUUUAAGAUGUAAUGUAUCAAUUUUUCGAGAGCUUUGGUCCUGACAAUGAUAAAAAUCACGUAAUCAAGGAUAGAAUAAGAGCUGAGAGACUUAAGCUUUUCAAUGCAAGUGAAGACAAUGUUACUAAGGAAGGUUUUAUCAAGAUUCAUCCAGUUUGUGAUGAGAGAAUAGUCAAUUUAUAAUAAAUCUAAUAAAACUUAGAAGAAGUUGGAAAGAUUCAGGAAGAAAAUUAGGAAAAAUUCUAGUGA